GAGCUUCACAUCCCAGGAUGGCGCUAUCAGAUGCUGAGAAGGCGGCUUUGGAGCCCUUGUUUGUGAAGAUUGACGCUGACGCUGAGAAGAUUGGAUGUGAAGCCAUGGAGAGUCUCUUCCAGCACCAUCCAGACACCAAGUCCCACUUCACUCACAUGGACGUGACCCCCGGCAGUCAGGAUCUGAAGACACAUGGAGGGAAGAUCAUCCACGCCAUUAAUGAUGCCCUCAACCACUAUGGAAAUCUGCAGGAGAACUUGGCCACACUGUGGGAGAUGCACACCAACAAGCUGAAGCUCAGUGUGGACACCAUCAAGCUGCUGUGUGGUUGUCUCCUGGAGGUCAUCGUCAAACAUUUCCCAGAUGUGGACAAGUCGGCCUGUGACAAGUUCCUCAAUGAGGUUGCCGUUGCCCUGAUCUCCAGCUGACCGGGAGGAUUCUUCCUCAGAUCU